UCGGAUUCCUCGUAUUCUGAGGAACCUCAGACUGUGCGGGACCAGUCCGGCCUUCCAACAGGGAAGAGAUUCUCCUGUACUGAGUGCGGGAAGGGUUUCUGUUCUAAAUCCAAACUUAACGUGCAUAAAAGAUCUCACACGGGGGAGAAGCCAUAUUCCUGUCCUGAGUGCGGGAAAUGUUUCCAAUCUAAAUACAAUCUUAAUGUGCAUAAAAGAUCUCACACAGGGGAGAAGCCGUAUUCCUGUCCUGAGUGCGGGAAAUAUUUUUCACGAAAGUCUCAUCUUUACUCACAUCAGAGAUCUCACACAGGGGAGAAGCCGUAUUCCUGUCCUGACUGUGAGAAAUGUUUUUCCCAGAAGUCUAAAGUUUACAGACAUCAAAGAUCUCACACUGGGGAGAAGCCAUAUUCUUGUCCUGAGUGCGGAAAAUGUUUUUCAGACAAGUUUAGUCUUCACACACAUCAGAGAUCUCACACGGGGGAGAAGCCGUAUUCCUGUCCUGAGUGUGGGAAAUGUUUUUUAAAGAAGUCCAUUCUUCAUAAACAUCAGAGAUUUCACACGAAAUGUUUUUCAGAUAAGUCCUAUCUUUACAGACAUCAGAGAUGUCACACAGGGGAGAAGCCGUAUGCCUGUUCUGAGUGUGGGAAAUGUUUUUCAGACAAGUCUACUCUUCACACACAUCAGAGAUCUCACACAGGGGAGAAUCCGUAUUCCUGUCCACAGUGCGAGAAAUGUUUUUCAGUGAAGUCCCGUCUUCUCACACAUCAGAGAUCUCACAAAAAAUGUUUUUCAUACAAGUCUAGUCUUCACACACAUCAGAGACUGCACACGGGGGAGAAGCCUUAUUCCUGUCCUGUGUGCGGGAAAUGUUUUUCACAAAAGACCAGUCUUCACACACAUCAGAGACUGCACACGGGGGAGAAGCCUUAUUCCUGUCCUGAGUGUGGGAAAUGUUUUUCACUGAAGUCUGAUGUUUACAGACAUCAGAAAUCUCACACUGGGGAGAAGCCGUAUUCCUGUUCUGAGUGUGGGAAAUGUUUUUCAUACAAGUCUAGUCUUCACACACAUCAGAGAUCUCACACGGGGGAGAAGCCGUAUUCCUGUCCUGUGUGCGGGAAAUGUUUUUCACAAAAGUCCAGUCUUCACACACAUCAGAGACUGCACACGGGGGAGAAGCCGUAUUCCUGUCCUGAGUGUGGGAAAUGUUUUUCAUACAAGGCUGGUCUUCACACACAUCAGAGAUCUCUGGGGGGAGAAGCCAGAUUCACACGUCCUGUGUGCAGGAAAUGUUUUUCAAAGAUGUCCAUUCUUCAUAAACAUCAGAGAUCUCACACUGGGGAGAAGCCGUAUUCCUGUCCUGAGUGCGGGAAAUGUUUUUCACAGACGUCCCAUCUUUACAGACAUCAGAGAUCUCACACAGGGGAGAAGCCACUUUCCUGUCCUGAGUGA